AUGGCUACAAAGUAUUCUAUUGAAAAUAAAACAUUUCAUAAUCAUCAGAGUGAAGAUAAUUUUCAUGAAUCUUCUAAAACGUUAACGUCCACUCAGGAUUAUCAGAAAAAGUCUACGAUCACCCUUGAAGAAGCUGUUAAACCAAUAGUUUUAUUUGUGCCCAAUGUCAAAGACAGGGCAAAUGAAGCCAAAUUGAAAUGCAAAAACAUUGUGACGAAUAAUCUUUCAAUAGAUGAAUCAGCUUCAAUAAUGCUUUAUUCAAUGGAAUGGAAACCAAAAGAAGAAUGUCUUCGUAUCGUUUUAAAUCGUGCUCUUCGUGAUGAAAAUCGAAAUGUAUUAGCUUGUUGGUUCCUUUAUCUGAAAUUACUUCUUACCGCACUGGAUCGUCUUCCAUCAUUCCAUGGUUUCAUUUAUAGUGGAAUAAAAGGUGAUAUGCGAGAAUAUUAUCGCAAAGAAGAGACAUUCCUUUGGUGGACAUUUGGUUCAUACACAUCAGUAAUGGAUGAUUUGAAAAGUAAACAACUUUUGGGUUCAACAGGACCACUAACUAUUAUUGCUAUUCAAUGUAUUAAUGGAAAAGAUAUUCGACAAUAUUCAUAUUUCAAAGAUAUUAAUGAUAUUCUUCUUCUACCUGGACGACAAUUUACAGUUGUUUCAUGCCAUGAUAAAACGAAUGGUCAUUAUACAAUACAUCUUCGAGAAGUACAAUCAGAAAUUUCAUUUCUUGAGUUUUUAUUUAAAGUAAGUUAA